AUGCAGUUCUCUCUCUCCGCUAUUGUCCUCGGCCUCGCUGCCACUGUCUACGCUCUUCCCCCUGGAGGCUCCGCCAACGCAGGUGGUGCUGGUAACGCCAACGGUGUCGGCAACAAGGGCAACACCGACGUUCGCUUCGCUGUCCCCGACAACAUGACCGUCAAGCAGGCUCAGGCCAAGUGCGGUGACCAGGCCCAGCUCUCCUGCUGCAACAAGGCCGUCUACGCCGGUGACACCACCGACAUCAACUCCGGCAUGCUCGGCGGUACCCUCAGCAACCUGAUCGGCUCUGGCUCUGGUGCUUCCGGCCUUGGUCUCUUCGACCAGUGCUCCAAGCUGGACCUCCAGAUCCCCAUCGUCAACCUUAUCCCCAUCAACGUCCAGGACCUCAUCAACCAGAAGUGCAAGCAGAACAUUGCCUGCUGCCAGAACUCACCUUCCAGCGCCAACUCCGACCUCAUCGGUCUCGGCCUCCCCUGUGUUGCCCUUGGAUCCAUCCUCUAA